AUGCCCGUCCGAGAAACAUGGUCAAACUCGAAGCGCGUCAUUGAGUCCAAGGGUCGGAACGGCCGCAUUUCCACGGUUUCUCUGUCACAGGUCUGCCGGUUCCAAAGCUCUUUGGGCCAGUCACGGCCGCGAGAACGGGUGGCACCCCCCUGCCGUUCGUCCGAUGUGUACGGAUAUGCUGCGACAGACAACGUCGAGACGGGCCAUUCGCUCAGCGGUUCCAGGGCAUGUGUGUCUGCGGCCGUCACUGGACGAGAGCUGUCGAUUUAA